AUGGUUCGUAUCGACGUCUCCCCCAAUGACCCUGCAGAGGAACAACCCACAAUCGGUUUGAUCGGAAUGGGCGCUAUGGGCGCUAUGUACGCGAAACAUCUCUCAAAAGCAGGCUGGAAAAAAAUCAGCGUCUGUGACAUUCCCGAUAAAUUCGAAUCCUUGAAACUUCAAUACGCAGACGUUCCUGGCAUAACAGUACAUCGGGAUGGACACGCGGUUUCUAGAAUCUCAGACUUCAUAAUGUACUCCGUGGAGGCCGAGUACAUCGACCGUGUCGUCUCACAGUAUGGCCCUUCAACUAAAGUCGGAGCAAUCGUCUCUGGCCAAACCUCUGUCAAAACGCCCGAGAAAGAUGCAUUUGAAAAGUAUCUCCCUCCAGACGUCCAUAUCGUGUCCCUUCAUUCUCUCCACGGCCCUUCUGUUUCCCCAGAAGGACAACCCCUGGUUCUCAUACAGCACCGCGCUCCAGACUCCUCUCUUCACCUAGUCGAAAACAUAUUCCGCUGCUUCGGUUCACGCUUCGUAUAUCUCACAUACGAAGACCACGACCUCGUUACCGCCAAUGUACAGGCGGUCACACACGCUGCCUUCCUCACCAUGGGCACAGCCUGGGCCAGCCAGCGCGCAUAUCCCUGGGAACAGGGCCAAUACGUCGGAGGAAUUGAAACUGUCAAAGUAAACAUCAUGCUCCGCAUUUACGCGAACAAGUGGCACGUUUAUGCAGGCCUCGCCAUUCUCAACCCCUCCGCCCGCAUUCAGAUCGAACAAUACGCUUCCUCUGCGUCAGACAUCUUCAAGCUCAUGCUCGCAGGUGAUGAACAAGGCCUCCGCACCCGUAUCUACAAUGCACGCGAACAAGUAUUCGGCACAGUCAACGCAGAGCGCGCACCAAUAUUCCUAACUGAAGAUGUCCUCGAUCAGUUCACCAUCGGCGGUAAUCCAAAGCUCAACGGUAGUCCAAGACUUAACGGCAGUCCAACACCCUCAUCCGCACCCCCAUCAAACUCCCACCUCUCACUCCUUGCCAUGGUCGACAGCUGGGCCCACCUCCACAUUCAGUCUUUCGACCAUCUCGACCUCGCAGCGACCCCCAUAUUUAGGUUAUGGAUCGGUGUCGCAGAAUACCUCUUUCGUUCUACCACUCGGCUGGACUCUGCUAUUCAUUCAGCCGUGUACGAUGUCACCCAUCGCUCAGACGAUCUGGAAUUCGUCAUCGCCGCACGUGGCUGGAGUCAGUGUGUGUCCUUUGGGAACAUGGAGUUGUAUAAACGCCGCUUCUCGGAAACAGCGUCGUUCUUCGAGAGCAGGUUUGAGGAGGCGAGCGCAAUUGGUUCAGAGAUGAUCAAGGCUGUUUCAAAGAGUUAG